AUGGCCACACAGUCAAACACUGUCGAUGCCGACGCGGUCGACCUCUCGGCGACGGCCAUUCAAGCGUUCCUCGCCUCGCUGCCAGAGGUCGCACUCAAGGCGGCGCCCAGCACGCAUCUGCCGACGACGCUCCCCCUCUCGUUCCCAUCCGACCUCCACUGCGUCAACCUCCUGACAGUCCUGCACCUGCUCCACACGUUGUUCUCGCAGCCUCAGCACCGCCGCUACUUUGCCGAGGCAGACACCACACCGUCGGACACGGCGCUGCGCGGCGCGCUGGGCAUGUUCCUCGCGUCGGAGACGGGGUGGGACAAUGACAACCUCCUCUCCGCCAAGGCUUGGCGCGAGGACCUGCUGAACGAGGCCAAGGUGGCUGACCUGUUUGACAUUGAGAUUCUCAAGGAGCGCCAGCACGAGACGCUCCCCAUCAAGGUCGGCGAGCGGUCGGCGCCCGCCGUCGCCGUGGUUGCGGACGUUGUCACCCUCUUCCACGACCUCGGGUACUCGAUCGACGCGUCGUGUAUUGGCGAAGAGGUCCUGGCGCUGCUCACGGUGGAGAAGGAGCACACGGCGCAGGACGUCGACCAGGCGCUGGCGUUUGCCCAGGACUUUUGCCAUCGCGUGGUCACGCUCAUGCCGCUCCUUGCAGACCCGUACCCCGAUCCCAAGGGCCAAGUCCUCCCCGCUGCGCCGCUCAUGCUCCUGCAAGACCUCGCCCACCGCUUCCCCAGCACGCCCACCAUCCCGCUCCCCCCUUCCGCCGGCCUGGCCAACAUCUCGCCCCUCCCGCUCCCCAUCGACCUGCUCCUGCAUUUGGGCAUCGUCCAGCCUGACAAGCUGCCGGGCGGGGACGAGCUGCGCCACGCCACGGGCGACUGGUGGGUCGGCCGCCAGCCGGACCUGUUCACCCAGCCCGACAGUGCGACGCCGGCGGGCGCCCCGCCCAAGAUCAUCACCGUGUCGCGCGCGACCCUAGACGCACUGUGCAACGCGAGCGUGCAGGCGUGCGGCGAGAUUGCGUCGCAUGCCCAGUUUGGCGCGGUGGCCUGGCAAAAGGGCCUGACGAUGGUGGACGUUGCGCACCUCAUGGCGGGGCUGGACGGCGUGCUGGACGCCCAUGGCAUGGGUGUGCGUAUUGUCCUCUAG